CACACACACAUAUACACACACACACACACGGCAGCCAGCAGCCAGCAGCCAGCAGCGACACGUCAGGAGGUUCCUGGGUGACUUUCCCAGGCGAGGACAUGGAGGACAUUUGAAGUAUUUGACAACAAACUGCGACAUCCUGCAGAAAAAAAUAAAAGCUGGACACCAUGAACUAUGUGGGUCAGCUGGCUGGCCAGGUGCUGGUCACCGUCAAAGAACUCUACAAAGGAAUCAACCAAGCCACGCUGUCCGGCUGCAUCGACGUCGUAGUCGUCCACCAGAGGGACGGCACCUACCAGUGUUCGCCCUUCCACGUACGCUUCGGCAAGCUGGGCGUGCUGCGUUCUAAAGAGAAAGUGAUUGACAUCGAAGUGAAUGGAGAGCCUGUAGAAUUGCAAAUGAAACUCGGGGACAAUGGCGAAGCCUUCUUCGUUCAGGAAGCCGAGCAGUUGAACCUUGUUCCAGCUCAUCUGGCGACAUCCCCCAUACCGACAGAGAGCAACCUUUUCUGGAUAUCGGAGGUGGAGCGCAGGUCGGCCAGCCUGGAAGAUCGGCCGGAGACCCCCCUUCCCACCAGUGUGGCCACGAAAAAGAAGAAGAGACGGAAGAAGAAGCACAAAGGGGACCCCCGAAGGGAAGAACUGACUCCCCCCAUGCCAGUCACUGCUGCUAAUGUUAAUGCUGCCAACGCACAUGCUGUUGCCUCAACUUCGGGCCAAAACGAGGAGAUAUUUGAGAUGGAACUGAGCUCUGAUGAAGAGGCUCUGGUGCAACAUAUAUCCAGAUCACCUUCAGCGGUCACAGGACGAGACAUUGAUCCAAAACUGCCUUCAGCCAGACACAACCUGGAUGGUUAUGCUUUGUCUGAUGGCGACUGGGCAGCAGAUAAUAGCCACAGCUUAUCUCAGGCAUUUUCGCCCAAGAGUGACUCAGAACUGAUGGUGAGACCCUCAGAGUCUUUGCUCAGAGCCGAGUCGCACAUGCAGUGGACCUGGGGAGAGUUUCCAGAAACCACCAGGGUCACAAAAAAGGACAAAGCAGAAUUAAUUAAAAUGAUGACCAUCACCCCUUCAGAGAGCACCCACUUCCGUGUCAUCCUCAGCUCAGAGGCCAUGGAAAAUGAGUGUGAGCUUAUGGGAAUAGAGGACGCGUCCUCCUCUGUGUGCGCCAUCGUCAAGCCAGAGCCUCGCUCCCCUGCCACUACCACCAUGUGUGAGAGUCCCGUCACUCUCACAGAGCCUGUGGACGUCCUGCCAUACAAUGUGGUCACCUCCACUCCGUCCAGCCAGCAGAGUGACUCGCCCUCUAAAAAGAAAGGUGUCCCUAAGAGGAGCCACCAUCAGGGCCCUGAGGACAUCUACUUAGAUGACCUGAAGGCACUUGAGCCUGACGUAGCUGCGAGAUACUUUCCCAAAAGUGAGGCCGAGGCGGCCGGUAAGCACUGGAUGGACACAGAGAUCCCGUCUGGUUCUCAGUCGCCGCAGUCGGUGGGAAGCGCUGCGGCAGACAGUGGGACUGAGUGUCUCUCGGACUCCGCCAGCGACCUCCCGGACGUCACUCUGUCGCUUUGUGGAGGCCUCACAGAGAACGCAGAAAUCUCCAAAGAAAAGUUUAUGGAGCAUAUCAUUACCUACAAUGAAUUUGCUGAAAGUCCUGCAAUUAUAGAUAACCCCAACCUUGUUGUAAAGAUAGGAAAUAGAUAUUAUAACUGGACUCUCGCUGCUCCCUUGAUUCUGAGUCUACAAGCAUUCCAGAAGAAUUUACCAAAGGCUGCGGAGGAGGCCUGGAUGAAAGAGAAAAUGCCAAAGAAGUCAGGCCGCUGGUGGUUCUGGCGAAAAAGGGCAGACAGUGCAAUCAAGAAGUCCGAGACUAAGCUUGAAACCAAGGAGGAGUUGCAUUUAGGGGAGGAAGGAUCCUCCAUUGCACAGGAGAAUCUCACCUUAUUGAUUAAGACCACCGACUCUUCCAGCGAUGAGGAGGGCAAAGAGGUGAGUGCUGCGUCGUGUCAGGAGAGACUCCAGCUGAGUGAUGGCCAGCAGCACGCCAGCACGCACACUUACAGGAAGUCACUGCGCCUCUCUUCUGCUCAGAUAGCUAGUCUGAAACUGAAGGAAGGUCCCAACGAUGUGACAUUCAGCAUUACCACCCAGUACCAAGGCACAUGCCGCUGCGAGGGCACCAUCUACUUGUGGAACUGGGAUGACAAAGUCAUCAUCUCUGAUAUUGACGGCACCAUCACCAAGUCUGAUGUGUUCGGACAGAUCUUGCCGCAGUUAGGGAAAGACUGGACGCACCAGGGAAUUGCCAAGCUCUACCACUCCGUAGCCGAGAACGGCUACAAGUUCCUGUACUGCUCAGCGCGCGCCAUUGGUAUGGCGGACAUGACCAGGGGUUACCUACAGUGGGUCAACGAUGGCGGCACCAUCCUUCCGCGGGGUCCUCUCAUGUUGUCUCCCAGCAGCCUUUUCUCGGCCUUCCACAGGGAGGUCAUCGAGAAGAAACCGGAGAUCUUCAAGAUCGAAUGCCUGACUGACAUCAAGAACCUGUUCCAGCACAACAAGCAGCCCUUCUAUGCUGCCUUCGGGAAUAGAGCUAACGAUGUGUUCGCUUACAAGGAGGUCGGAGUUCCUGUCUGCAGGAUUUUCACAGUCAACCCAAAGGGAGAGCUGAUCCAGGAGCAGACCAAGGGCAACAAGUCCUCUUACGGCAGGCUGAGCGAGCUGGUGGAGCAUGUGUUCCCGCUCCUAAGCAAGGAGCAGAACGAGGCCUUCGUCAUGCCCGAGUACAGCUCUUUCUGCUUCUGGAGGCAGCCCAUACCAGCCAUCAACACCGAGGACCUGCUCUGAUCCCUGGAAGCCAGAUCAGGUACACGCUGAGGAAAGAAUGACAAAACAGACUUUCAUCACUUUACGACAACGUUGUGACUCCUCUCUUCAGCACGACCGCAGCAACACACUUAGGAGGAUCCCAUCUUUUUACAGGACUUAACUGUAAACGUGAAAGACAACAAGGAACUUGUGGUUUGCUGUGCAUGCCGAGAGUAAUAGUUAGCUGAGUAACGCUAGGGGGAUAUAGGCGUUUGCUUGUUUUUUCCCCGUGCCUUCAAGCACUUCUGGACUUGCUGCGGUCAUCAAGCAAGCGUGUUCUUAAUGGCUGCUGCGGUCAAUUUGUACCUGAUGAGUCACAACGGCUAUUCCAUCUUCCUCACUCAAAAGUUCCAUUUUGGGCACACACAUUCAUAUUGUUGUUAGUGUGAAAAGGAAAUCUCGUAUGUACAAUAAAUAAGAUAAUAAACGUUACAUUUAUAUUUCUGAGGCUGUAAUAGAACCACAGCACCGUCUGAUCCAAGUCAAUAAUGAGUCGUUGAAACGGGACGCUGGUUAUUAUUUAUGUUUAAGUUAUUGUUGGUCGUCAUGACGCCUUUUUGCUUCGCCUGAACAAUUAUUGUAAGUCGCUGGACAACUUGCACUAAAUGCUAACAAUAAGCCUUUUGUCCUGUUGUUUCCAAGUCAUGUCACAUUCAAUAGUGCUACUCAAUUAGUGCAUUCCUCUGCAGUUAACUCUUCACAUAUACAUAUAUAAACACAUGCAAUAUAUAUAUAUAUAUAUAUGUAGGUGUGGGAAAAAUCACAAGACUACUUCAUCUCUACAGAACUGUUUCAUGAGGGGUUCCCUCAAUCAUCAGGAGAUUUUGAUGAUUGAGGGAACCCCUCAUGAAACAGUUCUGUAGAGAUGAAGUAGUCUUGUGAUUUUUUCCCACACCUACAUAUUGCGCUCUACCACGGUAUCGAGCACUAUUCUCUGGAUAAUCCAAUCAAGAUAUAUAUAUAUAUAUAUAUAUAUAUAUAUAUAUAUAUAUAUAUAUAUAUAUAUAUAUGUAUAUGUAUGCAUGUGUAUAUAUAUAAGUGGGUGUGUGUGCGUGUAUAUAUAUAUGCAUAUAUAUAUAUAUAUAUGUAUAUAUAAUAUAUGUAUAUGUAUAUAUAUGUUAUAUGUAUAUAUAUGUUAGUACAGGCCAAAAGUUUGAACACCUCAUUUCAUGCAUUAUUUUCUUUACUUGCUAUUUACAUUGUACAUUGUCACUGAAGGCAUCAAAACUUUGACACCUGUGAAGUGAAAACCUUUUCAGGUGACUACUUCUUGAAGCUCAUGGAGAGAAUGCCAGCAGUGUGCAAAACAGUAAUCAUAGCAAAAUGUGGCUAUUUUGAAGAAACUGGAAUAUAAAACAUGUGUUCAGUUAUUCCACCUUUUCCAUUCAUAGUUUUGAUGCCUUCAGGGACAAUCGACAAUGUAAAUAGUUACGAAAAUAUAGAAAACACAUUGAAUGAGAAGGUGUGUCCAUACUUUUGGCAUGAACUGUAUAUAUAUUUUUAUAUAUAUGUAUAUAUAAAUAUAUGCCAACAUAUAUGUGUGUGUGUAUAUGUAUGCAUAUAUGUAUAUUUGCUGAACAUGUAGAAAGAAGUUUCUCUAUUAAAGGAUUUUGUUUGUAAGGUCAUCCCUUGAAAAACAAAAUGGAGGAAGUGUUUGGGUGCAUGUGCUGCUGUUACGGAAUUCUUCCAUUUAGUGGUGCUACUGAGCUUUAUGAUCCAAGCGCACUUCAGCCCUGUUCCUUGUUAACAGAAAAGACCAGAGGACGCCGUUAUAAUAGCAGCACGGGCGUUAUAACAGCAGAUCUAGUAUAUACCCACCUGUGCCUUUCAUGCAGUACAUGGAGUCAGAUCAACACAUGUGCAACAAUGUCUGUUACUUCGACCUAUGAAAUACUUGUGGAAUAGUGGCAAUUGCUUUUAACACAACAGGAAAGAGAAUAGCAGAAAGCCGGCUCUGUGUGAACAGCAUUGAAAACGUAACACGGGGUUGAAGUUGACCCCACAAUUUUCUGGGUUCAAAGUUGUAGUAUCAGUGCUGUAAAAGCUGUCCGUUUGUGUGAAAGGCAACAGCACUGGUCUUGGGUGUCAGACUUCACACCUCCGUUUUCCCCGUGUCACCCAGAAGGUUUCCUGGCUUUGGCAGUCGUAGUAUGUGAAAGGGAAAAGCAGAGAGUUGGACACCUCUUAACAACCCACUUUUCCUGCUUUCGUAGCUUUUCCUCAUCCAGUGUCACAGAAUACCUGGGCUUUAAGCUUUAAGUUGCCCAGUAAUUUCCUGGCUUCAGAGGUAGUAUGAAGGCCGUAAGAUGUGGCCUGUGUGAAAGAAAAAAGACGAAUUUCGGGGCAAGAUUGUGAAAUUUGACACCAGACAGUCUGCUUUAUGGCGAAUGUCAUUUGCUGUAACUUUGUGCGCUUUCACACAGCAACAAAGCAUCCAGCGCGCAUGGGACUGACAUACAAAAUAUUUGUUGGACAGCAGGAAUGACUUUCAACACAACACUGUUGUCCAACCUCUCACCUCCACCUGCUCCUGCCUUUCUGUUUUCUCUUUGUCGACACAACGUGGAGGUCCAAGUUGACCCGGCAAAUUCUGGCCUACGGAGGCCGCCAGUGUGAAAUGAAAAAGGCUAAAAGUCGGGCACCGGCUAUGAAGUUUGACACCUGUUGUGUCGAUUGAUCUAGAAUUUAUUUUGCCUUAACGCCAAUCAGAUGAUUGGCUGUGUGGCCACUGGCCGGCAUGUGGCGUGACAUAGAACACUUGUUGGACAGCAGCGGCUGCUUUCAGCAGAAAAAGGCGGGGGAAGUGAGUCUUGGGUGUUGUACGUUACUCCCCUUUCACACAGCAGCUUUUCUGUGUGAACAGCACCGAAUGUCGGGGACAGUUGACCGGGCAAUUUCCUCGCAAGGAGAGUUACCAUCAGGGCAAUGACAGGCCGUCUGUGCGAAAGGGAAAAGUCAGGCUAUUUAUCUGAAUGUGGGAUUCCGAGUUGCUGUGUGAAAUAGUACUUAGUAUUUACAGAAAUAUGUCACUUUUCUGGGUUCUGUGUGAUAAAACAGGUGGUUAAAUACGGGCUCUGUGGUCAUUUAAUGGCAUCUCCCAAGCCGGAAAAUUGCCGGGUCGUCGACUCAGUCUUCAGUGCUGUUCACACAGUGACGCUUGGCUGGAAAAAAGCUGGCUUUUAAGGUUAUUGGAGUAUUGCUAUAGCGUGUGUUAGGAUGUUCGAGGUGGGAUUCUCGACAUUUUUGUUGAAUUGUGACUGAAUCACAUCAAAUAACUGGUUAGCUGUACAGUGUAAAAGGACAAUGUGAUGUUUUUGCCUGCUUUCAGCUCUGUCUUGUGACUUAUCACAUGGUGUGAGUGUGACAGCAGGAAGUGCUUUGUUUGUUUAGCCAAUCAGCACAAGUGCAACACUUCUGUGAGGACUGAACAGAGCGGGACUUGAAGCACAAGCGAUGGCGACGCCCGAAGCGUAAAAGCGCUCGCCUCGAAGUUUUUAUUUCAACAGUUGAUUCUUGCACGACCGAUAAGUCUCAUUAGUGAACAUAAAUCCAUUCUUUCUAUGAAAGUAAAUCAUCUUGUGUGGACAGCGCACACGACCGUCCCGGGACUGCUCUCCGGUGUUAUAUCAUCAUUAUAUAAGAUAUGUUUGCUCAUCCCCUUUCAAUAGGAAAAAACAAAUGUUUAUAUAGGAUGGAUUGGUCACUUUCUUCUGUGUUGCCUUCCUUUUUGUUUUGUUGCAUCGUUUCUUGUAAAGUCAAUGAUUGUUUGGAUGUGAUGCUCGAGUACAUGUCGGGAAACGCCUAAAAAGUUUCCAUUUGAUGUCAAUUAAAGCAUCUGUAAAGGAACAACGUCAAAGUAAAAUAAAUAGGCCCAAUGACGCUAACAAAUUGUGGCUCUUAUGGUCGGCUUUGUAUUUAAUAAAGUUUCUAACUGAA